AAAAUUUCUCUGCUGAUCAAGAACAAUUACAUCAAAAUCAUACUUUAGCAAUUAAUGGAACUCUUCAAGAAAUAGCUUCAAUGCUUACAGAAAGUGGACGAUGUAUUUAUAACAUUGUUAAAGAAAACGACGAAAUAAUAAAUGACCACCCUACAGCUACGCCUGAUUAUUUAGUUCAACUAACUCAUCCAGGAAUACCUAAUCAUGAAAUUCAACUAAAAACUGGUGCAAUAUGCUCCAUAAUGCGAAAUAUAUCCAUCCAUAAAGGAUUAGUUAAAAAUGCAUGUGUCAUAAUAAAAAAACCUAGGACAGUGCUUAAUUGA